AUGAGUCUGCUAAACUGUGAAGACAGCUGUGGCGCCAGCCAUCCAGAAAGUGACUGCUGUGCGGGUAUGGCUAGUGCCUGUAGCACUGUCACAAAGGAUGACAGUGUAAACGGAAGCACCAUUCCUGGGAAUCUUCCCAGCUCCUUAAGGGAAGAGAUUCAAGGCUACGAUGUGGAGUUUGAUCCACCCCUUGAAAGCAAGUAUGAGUGCCCCAUCUGUCUGAUGGCAUUACGGGAAGCUGUGCAGACCCCGUGUGGCCAUCGAUUCUGCAAAGCCUGCAUUGUCAAGUCAAUAAGAGAUGCAGGCCACAAAUGUCCUGUAGACAAUGCAAUACUCCUAGAAACUCAACUAUUUCCCGACAAUUUUGCUAAACGGGAAAUCCUCUCACUCACGGUGAAAUGUCCAAAUGAAGGUUGUCUGCUGAAGAUGGAACUGAGACAUCUAGAGGAUCACCAGACACAUUGUGAGUUUGCCCUAGCAGAGUGCCUUCAGUGCCACCUUUCCUUUCGGAAAUAUCUCCUUCACAAUCAUAUGGUCGUGGAGUGUCCAAGGCGACAAGUGUCUUGUGUGAAUUGUGCCGCACCGAUGCCAUUUGAAGAGAAAGAGUUCCAUGACCAGAACUGCCCAUUGGCAACAGUCUUCUGCGAAUACUGCAGUACCAUGCUCAUCCGGGAACAGAUGCCUAAUCACUAUGAUAUAGAUUGCCCAGUAGCUCCAAUUCCAUGUACAUUCAGUACAUUUGGGUGUCGUGAGAAGAUGCCGAGGAAUCAUCUGGCACGUCACCUGCAAGAGGAUACUCUGGCCCACAUGAGAAUGAUGGCCCAGGCCAUUGAGAACAUCAGCAUCGCUGCUUUCAACCCCAAGCUCCACCAGCGUGAGAACUUCCAAGAAACCAUUCAGCAAUUAGAGAGCCGCCUUGUGAUACAAGACCACCAAAUCCGAGAGCUAACAGCUAAGAUGGAAACUCAGAGUGCUUGUGUGGGCGACCUCAAACGCACCAUUCGAACCCUUGAGGACAGAAUUGCAGAGAUGGAGGCCCAGCAGUGCAAUGGCAUUUACAUCUGGAAGAUUAACAAUUUUGGGAUGCACUUAAAAUCCCAAGAAGAGGAGAAGCCUGUUGUCAUCCAUAGCCCCGGAUUCUACACCGGCAAACCUGGCUACAAGCUCUGCAUGCGCCUUCAUCUGCAGCUACCGAGUGCUCAGCGCUGUGCUAACUAUAUUUCCCUCUUUGUCCACACGAUGCAGGGUGAGUAUGACAGCCAUCUUCCCUGGCCCUUCCAGGGCACAAUACGCCUUACUAUUCUCGAUCAGUCCGAAGCCCCUGUGAGGCAGAAUCACGAAGAGAUCAUGGAUGCCAAGCCAGAGCUGCUUGCCUUCCAGAGACCAACCAUCCCCCGCAACCCCAAAGGUUUUGGCUAUGUGACUUUCAUGCACUUGCAAGCCCUUAGGCAAAGAACCUUCAUUAAAGAUGAUACUUUACUUGUGCGUUGUGAGGUUUUGACCCGUCUGGACAUGAAUAGCCUACGGAGGGAGGGCUUUCAACCACGUAGUACAGACGCAGGGGUAUAG